AUGUUGAACCUUGCCUCCCCAAAAAGUUUACUUAUUCAGCCUACAGUGGACUGUAGUUUCGACCCCACCUCAACUGGUCUUAUCAACACCCCCAGCGGGACUCGAACCAUGACGCUGCGGAGUAUAAUCCGUGACUCAAGGGCACUCAUGUCUGAGGCUACUGAUCUUAUGCUCGAAUGUCAACGCGAGUACACCGGUUUAAUCUCUUGUCAGCCCUCAAUCACCAGUCUCGCUCGUGCCGCCUGCUACACCGCAGACGAGGCUCGUCGUGGUAUGAGUGAGGACCGGCUGACCCUCUCUGACGCCGACGGCAUAUGCCAGCGGUGCACAGUGAUCACUCGUUCUAUUCAAGCCGAAAUGAGUCAUUUGUCUGCACAGACUGCACGCGACUGGUCGCGUACGAUGGCGAGCUAUUUACGCGACCAAGCUAAUUUUCAUCGCCUCAUCGCCACCUAUUUCGACCAGGCUGUGGCUGCCUUCUGA